UGGAAGUGGGAGCGGAGUGAAGGGCCAUUUUGACUCUAUGGUCCAAGGAAAUGACUGGUCUGAUGCGCCCGGCAGCGGCAGCCGGGGUACCCAGGGUCUAGGGAUAACUCUGUGGCUAUGAUGGCCAUGAUUCUCACAGAGAACUACAGAUUUCUGCACUCUGAGCAAAGUCAGGUGCCACUGGAGUUAUUCUGAGACACUUUCCCUAAAGGAUGGCCAAGGGGCUCCUGGUGACCUAUGUCCUCUGGGCUGUAGGGGGCCCUGCUGGGCUCCACCACUUGUACCUGGGCAGGGACAGCCAUGCCCUGCUCUGGAUGCUUACCCUGGGGGGUGGUGGGCUGGGCUGGCUCUGGGAGUUCUGGAAGCUCCCAAGCUUUGUAGCUCAGGCCAACAGAGCCCAAGGACAGAGGCAGAGUUCAAGAGGCGGGACACCCCCUGUGAGUCCCAUUCGUUUUGCCGCCCAGAUGAUAGUGGGCAUCUAUUUUGGCCUUGUGGCUCUCAUUAGCCUUUCCUUCAUGGCCAGCUUCUAUAUUGUGGGCCUCCCACUGGCAGUUGGCUUAGGAGUCUUGCUGGUGGCUGCUGUUGGCAACCAGACCUCAGACUUUAAGAACACUCUAGGGGCAGCAUUUCUCACUUCCCCUAUCUUCUAUGGCCGCCCCAUAGCUAUUCUGCCCAUCAGCUUGGUGGCCAGCAUCACAGCCCAGAAGCAUCGCCGCUACAAAGCUUCCAUGGUGUCAGAGACACUCAGCGUGCGGCUCUACCGCCUGGGCUUAGCUUACCUGGCGUUCACCGGCCCGCUGGCAUACAGCGCCCUCUGCAACACAGCGGCCACCCUCAGCUAUGUGGCAGAGACCCUGGACUCCUUCUUGAGUUGGUUCAACUUCUUCCCCCUCCUUGGCCGCCUCAUGGAGUCUGUCCUCCUUCUGCCUUACCGUGUCUGGAGGCUGCUGGUGGGGGAUCGUGGCUUCAGCAGCGGCUACUUCCAGGAGUGGGAGAAGCUCUAUGAGUUUGUUCGCAGUUUUCAGGAUGAGAAGCGUCAGUUGGCUUACCAGGUAAGGCUUUCUUCCCUUUUCAUUCCUGUCUGGGAGUUAGGCUAAGCCUGAUUGGAGCUGGUGCCCCUUGUUUUCAUGUCUGCUGUGUCAGGCCGGGAGGAUGUCCUGGUUUCUUGGGGUGUGAAGGUGCCGAGGCUCUAAUAGUGAGUGGCGGGAAAUAUGUGUAUUUUAUUUACUUUUCAUUGAGGUAUAACAUCUACAAAGUUUACUAACUUUAUGUAUAUACCUAUGUAACCACCACUCAGAUCAAGGAAUGGAAUAUUCCAACCCUAAGAAUGUUCCCUCCCAAGCUAUACUCCUUUCCUUGGAAGUAACCUCUAUUCUGACUUCUGUUACCAUAGUUUAGUUUUGCCCAUCCUUGAACUUCGUAUAAGUGGAUCAUUCAGUAUGUACUCUUUUGUGUCUGCUUUCAUUCAACAUUAUGUCUGUGAGAUUUAUUCAUACUGUUGCACACAAUUGUAAAACGCUUGUUUUCUUGUUAAUUAGUAUCCCAUUAUAUGAACAUACCAGAAUUUAUGUAUCCACUCUAUUGUUAAUGAACAUUUGGGUUCCAGGAGGGGACUAUUCUGAAUAAAGCUGCUAUGAACAUUCUUGACCAUGUCUUUGGUGGACACACAUGCUUAUUUCUUUUGCGAGGAAGAGAUCCUGUCAGGGGUGUGAAGUUCUAGGUUGGAAAAUGGGCAGCUGUGAUUAAAGGCCAAUUUUGGUUCUUGCCAUGAGAUCCAGAGCUGGAAUUCUAAUGUGAGGCUCUAGGCCUUUUUCAUGUCAAGAAGGAGCCGAUCCCAGAGAUAUCACAGCCUGAUUUAAGAAGGGAGCAGAGAAAGGCCCAGGUAUCCUGACAACUUAUGGGAUUCUAAUUUGUCAGCUUCUGUUU